AGUAUAUGUUUAGGUAGUUUCACAUUUACAAGUCAAACCACAUCUGUGUCUCUUUGCAUUUGCUCUCUGUUUGCAUCCUCCGGUUCAGUUCUACUCUAAUUAUGGUGCUAAAUCAUCACACAAGUGGAUGGUAUCUUUUCUUCUUGGCCGCUUUUAUUCCAGGUGUCUAUCUCCAGAGAAAUGACAGCUCCAUCGAGCCUGUGUUGGACUCUGAGCUGCCAUCUGGGGCUGAAAUUUACCGACCUGUUCUGCAGCCCUCUGAGACCGUUGCUACACCGGAAACCUACAUGCUGAAAAAUCCUCUCGGCAUGCCGUGCAUCAAAGCCACCAUGGGAGCAGAGUACAUCGUCACUGAAAGCAAGAAAACCUGGUAUUUCAACCUGGAGCCAUCUCGAGUUCGGAUCAGUGGCUCCUGUGGAAAAGAGGUUGCUGUUCUCAUUCUCACUCUGCCCAACAAUGCUUCCAGUCUGCAGUUCACCUUCAGGAAGGAAAACAAAGUAUUCUAUGUUACCGAUCUGACUGCUCACUUGUUUCCUCAACCUGUUUGCAAAGGAUGCUUCAAUAAAACUUACUCAGGUGUGAUGGGCCAUGAGAACCUUUUCGAAACAGCUAACGGUCAAAGCUUCAAGUGCAAAUCAGGGUUUCUGCUUUUGGCUUCGUCUGAGCUGAAGAUCAAGCUGGUACCUCUGCAGAUACAAGCCUUCAGCAUCCCCAAAGGACAGUACGGAAAAGAGGUGGAGUGUUUGGCUGAUCACAACAAGAGAAUCAUCCCCAUCAUCACUGGGUCUAUAGUGGUGGGUGUCAUCCUGAUCAUUGUGCUGAGCUUCCUGUUAAUCAGAGAACGGCGCAGACAAGGCUAUGCCAGACUUUAAUCUUGCUGUGAAACCAGCUGGAGAUUUUCUCCAUCUAAAGAACUCAUCCACCACUACAAGAACCUGUAUUUAACAUGUAUUUGUUUUCUUUAUUAGCCAGAUUUCUGAAACUUGAAAUUUAGUAUAUAUUAUGUUAUUAUUAUUAUGUUUUAAUCUUCUUGCUGUAAUAAUAAUAAUAAUAAAACAUGUUUAAUGUCAUAUUAGUAUUGUAAUGUAUUUAAGUGUUGCAGUUGU